AUGGUGGGUAAUCGCGCUUCAUGUGACCCGGCUGAUGUCAAUGAUAGCAAGUCCUCUGACGUGCCUGGUAGGAAGGCCUCUAAUUUCUCCCACCUUGGGAGGAUUGACCCUGGCCUUGGCCUUGAUAGACGCGGCCUUGUGGAGUCGAAGUCCUUUACCUCUUCGCCAAACUUGAAGAAAAAGAUUGGCCCUCAUUCUUGUUGUCUUUAA